CGGCCGGAGCUUGCGCAAUGUGUUUUCCAUGGGCCGAGCUGCUGACAGGAUUAGUUUGUUGUUUGUUGUUGUUACAUUGAGCAGGAAAAGACAUAAACAACGCGGUUCUGACCUCUGGCCUUUCGCGUGAGGUAGCCGUGUGAGCCCACCCCGGCCAUGAGAGCAGACCACCCGGUCAUCAGCCCCCACUCCUUCUGCAGUUGAUGGAUCUAAAGCUGGUCCAGAGAUGACAGACAGCGUCAGGGCCUUUGUCCAGAAUGUUGCUACGGGGGUCAAAGACUCCAUACUGGGGAUUGGGACGAUCUCCAAGUUGGACGCCCGCAUCCAGCAGAAAAGGGAGGAGCAGCGGCGGAGACGGGCCAGUGGGGCUCUCGCUCAGAGACGGGCCCAGAGCGAGGAACGCAAACCAGACAAUGAGCCAAAAGUUGCCAGCAGGAUCCUCCAGUGCUGUGCUUGGAAUGGAGGAGUGUUCUGGCUCAGCCUGUUUCUCUUCUACCGGGUCUUCAUCCCUCUGCUUCAGACGCUCACAGCUAAAAUCAUCGGUGACCCGUCCCUCCACGGCAGCGUGUGGUCCUGGUUAGAGUUCCUCCUGACUUCUGUCUUCAGCGCUCUCUGGGUUCUUCCCCUGUUUGUUCUCAGCAAGAUAGUCAACGCCAUCUGGUUCCAGGACAUAGCAGACCUAGCAUUUGAGGUGUCUGGCUGCAAAGCUCAGCCCUUCCCGAGCGUCAGUAAGAUCAUCGCAGACAUGCUGUUUAACCUCCUCCUGCAGGCGCUCUUCCUCAUUCAGGGUGUGAUUGUUAGCCUUUUCCCCAUUGAUGCGAUCGGGCAGAUGGUCAGCCUCCUCCACAUGUCUCUGCUCUACUCGCUGUACUGCUUCGAGUACCGCUGGUUUAACCACGGCAUCGAGAUGCACCAGCGGCUCUCCAACAUCGAGAGAAACUGGCCGUAUUAUUUUGGCUUCGGUUUACCCAUGGCUCUGCUGACGGCCAUGCCCUCCUCCUACAUCAUCAGUGGCUGCUUGUUCUCCAUCCUCUUUCCUUUGUUCAUCAUCAGUGCAAAUGAGGCGAAGGCUCCUACAAAGCUCUACCACUUCCAGCUGCGUCUCUUCUCCCUGGUGGUGCUGAUCAGCAACAAGCUGUUCCACAAGACCGUCCACCUCCAGUCCUCCCUGACCCCCUCGGCCUCCUUAGAGAAGCUGUCCUCCCCCCACACCUCCCCACACCGCCACAGACUGCUGCCCACUCACUAAUGGAUCAACUUGAAGAUGUCAACCAUUGUGUAGCUUGAGCAGCUGGAAAAGUGAUUCUUCCAGAAAGAUUGAACUUAUGAAGAUGAUAUGCAAUGUAGAAUGGAAGGUUUGUGUUUUUACCUGCUCUCGGAUGCUUUCCUCUGAUCAACCUGUCUUUUUUUAUGUGCCAUCUAUGUGUCUCCCCUUUAACGUUACUGCACAAAAGAUCAUAUUGUUUUCACGUUUGACUGUUUUUAGAUUCAUGUUUUAGCUGCGGUGUGUUUUCUGUACAAGGAGUGGCAUCCUUCAUCCCAGGUGGACUGUCCCAAACUCAGAGAGUUGUUUGUUUUCUUCUGUUUUGACUGUUUCUAGUAGAGUUUCACAUCCAUCCAGUAGCUGCUACACGAAGAACUGGUUACCUCUGGUAACGGAAACCAAACGAGUAUGUGUUGAUAGAAGUGCUGCUUGGUGUCUCCUGCAUCCAUUGUUUGUUGUAGUUCAGUGCACAAGUCCCCUUCACCACCACUAAUGGGAUGUGUGUGACUUUAGUGGGCCACAGGAAGACGACACUGCCAAAACGCUGCAUCUACGCUGUUUUCUACACUGACCACUACGGUGCAGCGCUCUGGAACAACAGGCCCAGAGAGCUGAUGACGACAUCCCCAAAGGUUGUUAUGUGCUGUAGUUAAAGUUCACACCACCUAGCGCACUACUCCUACUCCACCGAGCACACACACACACACACACGAAAAAUAGGCUGUGGAUCGGGGCAGUGAUUUACAACAGUUUGCAAUUACAAGAGGAUCAGAGGGUUUUGUAAAAGUAACUCAUCUAAUUUCAGUAAAAUUGGUCAGUAUUGGAA